AGACAGAUAACGUAUCUCUUCGCUGGGACGGAGGCAGUUAAUCUUUAACUUAGAUGUCAGGUGACUGUCCAUGUUGGGGUAUAAAAUGGGGAAAAUUCGUCGUUCCGUCCGCAGCCGAGAGGACAUUAACAGGCGGUGAAGAUGCACACUUUCUUUGCAAGCUGCACUCUGGUGGCGUUGAUGCUGGCCGCCUGCCUGGCAGACCACCAGCAUCACCAGCACUCUGGGGGGGACAUGAGCUGCCGCAUUCUGUCCCCUCACAAUGCUGAUUUUGGCUUUGCCCUUUAUAAAACUCUCAACGCCAAAGCAGAUGCCGGAAAGAACGUCUUCUUCUCCCCGCUGGGUAUUUCCUCCGCCCUGUCCCUGCUGUCCACGGGGGCUGCCGGCGACACCCACAGCCAGCUCUUUGCCACCCUGGCCUACGGCGGUCACGAGAAAUCCGAAAUCGACCAAGCGUAUAAGCAUCUUUUCCACACGCUCGAACACAACCAGGAGUCCCAUCAGCUGAAUAUCGGCAACGCGGUCGCCGUGCGUACGGGUUUCACUCCCGCUGAGCCGUUCAUGAAGGGCGCCAAAGAAUCGUACUCUUCAGAGGUCCUAAACGUCGACUUCAGCAAACCUGAAGAGGCCGCCGCUGCCAUCAACACGUACAUCGCCGGCAAAACCAACGACAAAAUUAAAGACCACGUGAAGGACUUGGACGCGGAUAUGGCGAUGAUGCUGAUUAACUACGUGUACUUCAGAGGACAUUGGGAGAAACCGUUCAACAGCUCGCUGACAAAGAAAGCCGACUUCAAUGUCGACGAGAACACUAAAGUGGAGGUAGACAUGAUGAAGAGGAUGGGACGCCAUGACUUUCAUUACGAUCAAGAAAACGGCACCUCCAUCCUCUUGCUGCCGUACAAAGGCAACACCUCCAUGAUGAUCAUCCUGCCCGAUGAAGGUAAAAUGAAGACGAUAGAGGAGCACAUCACCAAGGAAUCCAUCAGACACUGGCACGACUCUCUUUACAGACAAUCGGUGGAUGUGUUCAUGCCCAAAUUUUCCAUUUCUACCAACGCUGCUUUGGACGAAGCAUUGAAAGAAAUGGGAGUAACUGCUGCAUUCGGGAAUGCCGCCGAUUUCUCCGGCAUAUCACAGGAGAUAAAGCUUAAAGUGUCUAAGGCAUCCCAUCAGGCGGUUCUGAGCGUGGAUGAAACGGGGACCGAGGCUGCGGCCGUCACCACCUUGGAGGUCAUGCCCAUGAGCAUGCCCAUCAGGAUGACCAUGGACAGACCCUUCUUGGUCUUCAUCCUGGAGGACUCCACCCAUAGCAUCCUCUUUAUGGGCAAGAUCAAUAACCCUGCAGCCCAUUAAAAAUGAAGACAUAUUUUGAGCUUUUUUUUUGUAUUUUGUUAUAAAUUCAAUACGUUAAAAACAUUGGAUUUCAUAGAAUACAACUUAUCAAAAGGUCACACCCAUUACUUGUCCAAAAACAUCAAUUGUGCUGUCCUGAGUGGUCAAUAAAGUUAUGGCUGUAUCCAUAAUUAUAUGGAACACAAUAAUCAAAUGAUGGUUAUUGUUCCCCUUAAUGAAAUAAAGACUAAUUAUCUUUCAA